AGGAGAAAAGGCAAAAAAAAAACUUCAGUCAAGCUGCUGCAGGAGGGCGUUCAUGGCGCGUGAAGUGACGUCAUUAGACUUUCCUGGGGCCAUUCUGCAGCGCCGCGUCCGGGAAACUGCAGUUUUCCUCAAACUCGCGUUUUAGUUUUCUUCUAUACGUUGCCCUUUGCUCCUGUUUCUGAAACCCGCAGCCUCGCAAGGCUAUCGCAUCCGUGUGUACGGCAUUAGAUUAGCUGGCUCUGGGCUUUUCUCUCACAACAGUGGGGAACAUCGCAGACGUCCAGCCAACUCUGUAACUAUAACGUGAAACUCAAGCAUGGGGAAGCAGAACAGCAAGCUGCGACCAGAGGUAAUGCAGGACCUGCUGGAGAGCACGGAUUUUACCGAACACGAGAUCCAGGAGUGGUACAAGGGCUUCUUGCGGGACUGCCCCAGUGGCCAUCUAUCUAUGGACGAGUUCAAGAAGAUCUAUGGCAACUUCUUUCCGUACGGGGACGCCUCCAAGUUUGCUGAGCACGUGUUCCGCACCUUUGAUGCCAAUGGCGACGGCACUAUAGACUUUAGAGAGUUUAUCAUCGCGCUUAGCGUCACGUCACGAGGAAAGUUGGAGCAGAAGUUGAAAUGGGCUUUUAGCAUGUAUGACCUGGAUGGGAAUGGAUACAUCAGUAAGGCAGAGAUGCUGGAAAUCGUGCAGGCUAUUUAUAAAAUGGUUUCGUCGGUAAUGAAGAUGCCAGAGGAUGAGUCUACACCAGAGAAAAGAACAGAAAAGAUCUUUAGACAGAUGGACACCAACCGAGAUGGUAAGCUGUCUCUGGAGGAGUUCAUUAAAGGAGCAAAGAGUGACCCUUCUAUCGUUCGUCUGUUGCAGUGUGACCCCAGCAGCGCAGGACAGUUCUAGAAGCCGCAUCCAUCACUUUCUCCUCCUCCAUUUUAUUUAUUAAUGGUUUUUAUUUCAGUCUUUGAUACCAUAAUACUGGGACAUGACUGGGCCUCUUUAUAUGGGUCUGUAUCCCAUCAAACUGAACUUCACCAGAUCUAGGCACCAUGUACACAUACAACCUUUUCUCUCUGUCCCUAUUUCUCUCACUUACUAACCUCUCUUAUCACACACACUUUAACAUGGUGUGCUCUCUCUUUGAGGAUUUUUGAUCUGAUUUAGGGGAUAUUUCUGUGCUCAGUCACAUCACAUGGAGUGCCUGAUAGAAGCACAUGUUUUCUUCAUGCAGAAUUAGGAGUUUAGAUAUUUUGGUCAAAUAAAAUUUGAAGAUGAGAUGGACAGCUCGACCUAAUGGAGAAGUGAAGCACUGAAAGAAAAGAUUUGGAGGCCUGCUUGUGAUUCUUAUUUUAACAGGACAGUUUGACCGUACUGUCAAGUAUCCAACAGUAUUGUUACAAGAAAACACAGCUCUAAAUUCUUAUGUUUAAUUUUUGACCAGCAGUGAUUAACACCACAUCCUCACCAGAUGCCUUUUACACAAUUCAGUACACGCACCAAACAGAUGCAGUUAAACGGAUCGGUAGAAUAGGUUUUUUAUUUUAGUAUAGUAGUCAUGCAGUACUAUACAGUUUUUUUAUUCCUGACCUACAACAUGGUAUGGAGUUUAAUUUUUGUCCCUAAUUUAGUAUUGGCAUGCCUGAAAUGUUCUGGAUCAUCACUCUGGAUAUGUACAUAUUCUUGGAAGAGCCUUGCAAUUUGGUUUAACCUUUUACUGGGGUGUUAAUUCCCAGUAAUGUUCCAGUAUCUACCCAUUUUAUUAUUAGUGUAUCAGUGUUAUUAAUCAUGACAGCCAAUACUUCAACAUAACUGUGCAGUAUGUACACUACACUUUCCCCCAAAUCCCAAUAAACACAUAUAACUGUUAGAAGUGCACUCAUUAUUCUCCCUUGUGCCGUAUUGCCAGAAGGAAACGAAAUGAAGAACUGUGGGACAAUAGUAGGCCUGUAUAGUCUGUAUAUUUUAUUUUCCAAAUAAUGAAACAACAGACUUGCAUGCAGAACUGUCAGAUGACUAUUUUAAGAUGCAACAUCUUGCUUUUAGUGUUUUCAGUGAAGCAUGUUAAAUAAGUUUUAGCUGUAUAUGAAAGAGAAAUUUUUGUGUUGUAUGCAUGCUGGUUUGUGUGUGUAUGUGUGUGGCUAUAGUGUGUCCUGGUACUGUUUGCUCACACUGCUCUCGGUGGUCUGUUGCCUUGUCUAAGCGAGCUUGUGAGCAGCUGAAACUCUGAUAUUUACAAUAGAAGACCAGAAGAUAUUGAUGUAAAAGUUAGUCUGAUGUAUAUUUUAAAUCUAGUAUGGACUUUAGGUUGUAGAUAUGUAGACACUGUGAGCUUACUGACCUGCCACACACACACACACAUGCAAAUAGUAUUGUGUUUCUGUAGAUAACUUCUUUAUUGUUGUCAUGUUGCUUUUUACUGAUGAUAAUGCCUGUGAUGCUGAAACCUAAUCUAGUAGUAGCCUCUUACUUCUGGAAGAGUAUAGAACAAAUGGUCAGGGUCCAAUUUCCCAAAUCAAUUCAUUCAUGAGAAAAAAAAAAGUUUCUUAUUGAACUUGGUACAUUUAGAUUAAUGUGAUGUAUUAGCCAGGUGGUUAGACAGCUGGGCUGGAAUUUUUGUGGCAUAACCUGCCUGUUUCUGAUGUCUUCUUUAAGGUUUAACAAAGUGGGAUCUGAUCUCAGUGACUACAUUUCCUCACCAUUAAUCAGACAAAUCAGUAGUAGUUGUUGUGUGUAUAUAUACAAUCAAUUUUAAAAAUUAUAUAUAGUUUUAGAAUUAGAAAUCCACUUCACUUUACAUGCUUUCAGUGUGCAUGAUAAACACAUUGGAGCUCUAGAUGCAUUCUGCUGCUGCUGCUGCUGCUGUUUAUUGCAAGUUUUGAAUGUUAUCAGAUGCCACUGCAAGUUGUUGAAUGCCUUACUGCAGUAAUUCUCAUAUACAGUUCUGGGAACCACACACACUUUACAUUUAAGUGUUUUCCUGCUUUAACACACCUGAAUCAGCUCAUAAAGGACUUUGGUUCAAGUGUAUUAGAGCUGUUGCUUCACAAAUAUGUGCAGAACAUGUGGUUCCCACAACUGCAGUUGAGGCCCACUGCCUUGACUUCAGUACUGCUAUAUAUUUCAUUUGAUUAAGGUGCAUUCUUUUUCCUUUCUUAAACUGCUGUUUUGUAAAGUUGGGAAAUGUUCAAACAUCACAACUACUGCAGAAUUUACUCCAUGGUGUAUGCAUAUGUUUAAUUUUGUAUUUUUUUCUUUUUAAGAAUGACAUAUUUCUCUAUCACAAUUUAUAUCUGUUGGUUAGGUGCCAAAUAUACAGAACCAGUAUUGUAUAAAUUUAUACUGUACAAUUAUUUGUCAAACAGAACAUUUGUAUUUGUUGCAGUAUGUUUGUUUUUUGUUUCUUUUUUUUGUUGUUUGGUAGAUUUUGUAUGGUAACCUGUAUUUUGUGGCAAUGUCAACUUGAGGUAUAGACAUCUGUUUUAGUUAUGCUAUAAAACGAAAAUUAAAUUUAGGAAAUAAA